CGCCAAAGUCAGGGCUCCUACCUCCGUCAUACCUUGUUGCUGACCAUAGCGUUCAUCAUCACAGGCUGUCAACGUCGCAUCCCAGAACCAUCUACAGGCCCAAUAUUGGCAAUCUCUCUUCGAGACAGAUCAUUAUCUUAUCCGCUUUUACCGACCUUCCCCUAAGCUGGAUCAUACAAUCGAUAUUUACUACCUACUCUAUUAAUCUCACACCCUUGCCAUCAAGAUGCCUACGACCCGGAGAUCUAUUGGUGGUGCCCGAGGAGUGCCUGCCAAAGGCCAAUCGACGCUUCUCAGCUUUUCCAACAAGGUGACGAAGAGUGUGCCUAAGGAUACCAAGAAGGCCAUCAUCUCUCCGGCAGUGGCUAAUGUUGAAGUCCCUGAGCCAACCAAGGAGGAUGAGCUUGCAACGGCCAUCAUCGACGAGCCUGAGACCAAGGAAACCGAAGAACAGGAUGUGGGAGACGAGGAAGAGGACGAGGCUGUCCCUGAGAUAGAAGCAGCACCCGAGAAGUCGGAAGUGGAGGUGCGAGCGGAGCAAAUUACCGAUGCGCAGAUCAAGAAGUAUUGGAAAUCCAUCGAGGGCCAGUGGAGCUCCCCACGAGUGCACCAGGAGGGUCUGUCGCUGCAGGAGAAGGUCUUGAGGUAUUUCGACGUGAGCUCACAAUAUGGGCCUUGCAUCGGAAUGCCUCGCAUGAAGCGAUGGCACAGAGCUGAGCGUCUGGGCCUGAGCCCCCCUAUUGAGGUUCUGGCUGUUUUGCUUAAGGAGGAGAACAAGAACGUCAAGAACAUCGACACUGCGCAUAUGGAUGAGAUUCUCAACUCGUCAACCGUGGGGCAAUGAUUUUUGGUCUAAUGAAUGUGAUUGGGUCUGGGGAGCUAUGGCGUCUUGGGUGAAGCUGGAGGAUUUGUUUGCCUGCGAGGCUCUUUGUCUUUGU